GAACGUCGGAGCGAGCACAUCAACGUGGGUAGAAUAGCGCGAAUAGUCAUGCAGUUACGAUAAGAUGUGCGCCGAGCGAAAACAAAACAAUGAUGAAAUUCGGCUGUAACAUAUAAAACAAAAUUAAGUAUCUCGAAGUGAAGUGAUCUUUGUAUUUCUAUCUCGCAAAAUAACCGAUUGAAUGCCACGCAAUAUUAUCUGCAUUGUGACAGUGGAAAAUUUACCCCCUUCUACGGCGAAUAGAAAUCGAACUCAUAUCUCUGAAGUCUCUCGCAUUUCCAUCUGGUUUCUCCCCUGCUAAUGCCAAACUAAUUAUAUUAGAGCCGAGCGCGUGUCCCCCUUCGGAUCGAAAAAGUGCUAAUCAACCGCGGCCACCUAAAGACGAUUCCCGGUCACCAAACAAGUCUUCUGUAAUUCAACAUUCUAUAUAGUGCAAUUUAAAUCCAAUCAGUGCAAUAACCUGCCAACAGCAUGCAGUCGAUGAAAGCUGAUGAACUGCCGGCGAAUCCGCGGGAACGUGCCAACCCCCUCUCCUCUCUCAUGUUUUGUUUUGCCAUGCCCGUAUUAUUUAAAGGGCGGAAAAAGACUCUGGAGCAAAAGGAUCUAUAUCGGGCCCUCAAAGAACACAAAUCGGAUUCCCUGGGAGAUCAACUGUGUGCAGCCUGGGAUGAGCAGGUGGCCAAAAAUGAAACACCACGUUUGGGUCGCGCCCUGAUAAAAGUAUUUGGGUUUAAGCUGUUUCUCACGGGGUUAUCUCUGUUUGUCCAGGAAUUCUUAACCAAAAUUACUCAGCCCAUUUGCUUGUUUGGGGUGAUGGCCUACUUUGCCGGCAAUGAUCCGGAUCGGGCGAAGGCCCAGCUUUAUGCAGCGGGUCUUAUAGCUGGAUCCGUAUUUAGUGUAGUUAUAGGUCAUCCCUAUAUGUUAGGCUUACUUCAUCUGGGUAUGAAGAUGCGCGUCGCCCUCAGUAGCCUCAUCUAUCGAAAAGCUCUUCGCCUGAGUAGAACUGCUCUAGGUGACACAACAGUGGGUCAGGUGGUCAAUCUUUUAUCCAACGACGUGGGUCGUUUUGAUUCGGUUCUGAUCAACGUUCACUACUUAUGGAUAGCUCCUCUAGAGCUGAUUGCAGUCACCUACCUGAUGUACCUUGAGAUCGGCGUAUCUUCCUUUUUUGGGGUCGCGAUAAUGCUAUUGUUCCUGCCCUUCCAAUCCUACCUCGGCAAGCGGAUCAGCGUGCUGCGCCUGCGCACCGCUUUGCGGACGGACGAACGCGUUCGGAUGAUGAACGAGAUCAUCUCGGGUAUCCAGGUUAUUAAGAUGUACGCCUGGGAAAAACCAUUUGGCAAGGUGGUAGAGCUGACCCGCUUCAAUGAGAUGCUGUGCAUCAAACAAGUCAACUACAUCCGCGGCAUCCUCAUCUCGUUUGCCAUGUUCCUGUCGCGCAUCUUCACCUCCUCCAGCCUGAUUUCCUUUGUCCUGCUGGGGAAUGUCCUGAAUGCCGAGAGGGCCUUCUUCGUCACUGCCUACUAUAAUAUCCUCCGACGCUCGGUGACCAUGUUCUUCCCGCAAGGCAUCUCUCAGUUUGCCGAGCUACUGGUUUCCGUUCGGCGGUUGGAGACGUUCAUGCAUCGACCAGAGACGCAGGUCAGUGAUAAGUCGAAGAUCAUUAGUCCGAUCACGAAGGAAGAGUCCCUAAAUGGAGACAGUCCUAAGAGGAAUGGCCUCUCGGAGAAUCUGAUUGAGUUCAGCCAGUUCAAGGCCCGUUGGGAGAGCCAUUCGGUGGACCCGACGCUGGAGGACAUCAAUCUGCAGUUGGGAUCUCGUAAGUUGGUGGCUGUCAUCGGUCCCGUUGGCGCUGGCAAAUCCAGCUUAAUCCAAGCCGUACUAGGCGAGCUGCCGGCGGAAAGUGGCAACCUGAGGGUGAAUGGAAGUUACUCGUAUGCAGCCCAGGAGCCGUGGCUUUUUACGGGCACUGUGCGCCAAAACAUCCUGUUUGGCUUGGAGUGGGACAAGCAUCGCUAUCGCACCGUGGUGAAGAAGUGCGCCCUGGAGAGGGACUUUCAACUGUUGCCCUUUGGUGACAAGACCAUCGUGGGCGAAAGGGGAGCUUCUCUCUCUGGCGGACAAAAGGCCAGGAUAAGUUUGGCCCGAGCUGUUUACCGAAGAGCUGAUAUCUAUCUGCUGGAUGACCCACUCAGCGCUGUGGAUACCCACGUUGGGCGACACUUAUUCGAUCAGUGUAUGCGCGGUUAUCUUAAAAGCGAGCUCGUGAUAUUGGUCACCCACCAGCUGCAGUUCCUGGAGCAAGCCGACCUUAUAGUUAUUAUGGACAAGGGUCGCAUUAGCGCAAUGGGCACGUAUUCAUCGAUGAAACGCAGUGGGCUGGACUUUGCGCAACUAUUGACUUCGCCCAACGAAAAGGAUGAAGAGUUCGACGAGGGCGAUGGGUCAGGUGGAGAUGGACUAAACCUCUUAAACGUACCCACGCUGAGCAGAAGGAAUAGCAAGAACAGUAAGCCGAGCACUCGAAACAACAGCUUCACCUCCUUAAGUUCCGUGGCGGAGUCAAUGGCCCAGGAGGAAGCUCAGCAGCUGCAGGAGGCGCGAGUUGAGGGCAAGAUCGGUCUUGGACUGUACAAGGAAUACCUGACAGCCGGAAGCAGUUGGUUUAUGCUCUUCUUCGUGAUCUUCCUCUGCCUGGCCACUCAAAUCCUCAGCUCAGCAGCGGACUACUACUUAUCCUAUUGGGUGGACAAAAACGUGUACGAUAAGACAGAAAGUAUGUCAAAUUCAGAGGAUAUGUAUUACUUCGCUGCCCUCAAUUUGGCCGUAGUCGUAUUCACCAUCGUGCGCACAAUGCUCUUCUAUAAGAUUGCGAUGCGCAGCUCCACACAGCUGCACAAUGCCAUGUACCAGGGCAUUACAAGGGCGGCGAUGCACUUCUUCAAUACGAAUCCCUCGGGGCGAAUUCUCAAUCGCUUCUCGAAGGACCUCGGCCAGGUGGACGAAUUACUGCCCUCUGUAAUGCUGGAUGUGGUGCAAAUUUUUCUUACUCUACUGGGUAUUAUUGUUGUGAUUUGCGUUACUAAUCCAUACUACCUCAUUUUGACGUUAGCCUUGGGUUUUAUCUUCUACUAUAUCCGGGAGUUUUACCUGAAGACAUCGAGAGAUGUGAAACGAUUGGAGGCGGUGGCCAGAUCACCGAUAUACUCUCACCUAAGCGCCACGAUUAAUGGCUUGCCCACAAUCCGAGCUUUGGGAGCUCAAAAGGAACUCAUUGCGGAAUUCGACAAUCUGCAGGAUUUGCACAGUUCCGGGUACUACACAUUUUUGUCGACGAAUCGUGCCUUUGGUUAUUACCUGGAUUGCUUCUGCACAUUGUAUAUUGUGAUCAUCAUCCUCAACUACUUUAUAAACCCACCGAAAAGCUCUGGAGAAGUGGGCUUGGCCAUCACUCAAGCGAUGGGCAUGACUGGAAUGGUGCAAUGGGGCAUGCGGCAAUCGGCGGAGCUGGAGAAUACGAUGACCGCGGUGGAGCGAGUGGUGGAGUACGACGAGAUCGAACCGGAGGGCGAGUUCGAGUCCCGCGAGGGAAAAAAACCAUCACCCAAUUGGCCCGAAAAGGGUGAAAUUGUGACGGAGGAUUUGUGCCUGCGCUACUUCCCCGAUCCGCAGGCCAAGUAUGUCCUGAAGGCCCUUAAUUUCCGUAUCCGGCCCUGCGAAAAAGUGGGCAUCGUUGGCCGAACUGGAGCUGGCAAAUCGUCGUUGAUCAACGCGCUCUUCCGACUCUCCUACAACGAGGGCAUCAUCACCAUCGACGAGAGGGACACGGCUGAUAUGGGGCUCUUUGAUCUGCGCAGCAAGAUAUCCAUCAUACCCCAGGAGCCGGUGCUCUUCUCGGGCAGCAUGCGCUACAAUCUCGAUCCCUUCGAGGAGUAUAACGAUGCCAAGCUGUGGGAGGCGCUGGAGGAGGUGAAACUGAAACCCAUGUUUGCAGAACUGCCCAGUGGACUGCAAAGUAAGAUCUCCGAAGGCGGCAGUAAUUUCAGCGUGGGCCAGCGCCAGUUGGUGUGCCUGGCGAGGGCGAUUCUCCGGGAGAAUCGCGUUCUAGUCAUGGACGAGGCGACGGCCAAUGUGGAUCCCCAGACAGAUGCCUUGAUUCAGGCCACAAUACGAAGCAAAUUCCGGGACUGCACGGUGUUGACCAUUGCCCAUCGCCUGAAUACGAUUAUGGAUUCGGAUCGCGUGCUGGUCAUGGAUGCCGGUCAUCUUGUCGAAUUCGGUUCACCAUACGAGCUUCUCACCUCCAGCGAGACGAAAAUCUUCCAUGGCAUGGUCAUGGAAACUGGACAAAACAGCUUCGACAGCCUGCUCAAGGUCGCCGAAAAGGCCCAUCUCGAUGCACAGAAACCCAAAUCUGAGUAGACAAGGUAUAGGCUUAGUACGUUGAAAGCCAAAAAAGGUCUCGGCUGAAUGCGCUUUAAAAGUUUUACAUAAUCCAGCCAGCAGCAUUUAAGUUAAUUUUCUACUUAAAGUAUUAUGCCUUCGAGCCUUUCAUACUUAUAGGACUUAAAUCUUACCUGUGAAAUAAACAGCCCAACGAAUGGUUAAGUAUACAGAGUCUCAAAAAACUGGGCGAUUGUUGAUCAAAAAAUACAAAUAAAAUAAAUUUGAAUGAAAAAUUUGUAAAUCUUC